AUGCGAAAUCGGGAUGUCGGGUACUAUCACUCGGACCCGUACUCGAUGGCCCGACUCUGGGUCUGGAAAAGCGACAAGGACGACUUCAACCUACUCGAACGGGUAGGCGAGGAGAGCCGCAGGAGACAGGGCUUACCCAAGGACCAGCGCCCGCCCGAGCACUGUACCGAUGAUCCACGGGCCUUUUUCAAGCCUCCGCCCAACGACGUCGUUGCAAAGCAGCAGGCAGAGGUGCGGGCAGCGUGGCUGGUCCACAAGGAGCGGAUUCGGGCACAGAUGGAGGCUCAACUAGCCGAGAUGCUUCAGUCGCUCACGGAUGAGGAGAACUCUGAACUCCAGAGGCUUGUGCAAAAGGAGCGGGAGACGGUUGCAAAGGAGGAUGGAGAAGCCGUCAAGAAGGAGGCUGCAGAAGAGGAGGAGCAUCGACAACGCAUGGCAGAGUUCGAUCGCCAGGGUGCCGAAAGGGGAGUGAAGCGGAGGCAAAAGAGAUUGGCCAAGACUAUGAGGGCAGAGAAGAGAAAACGGCUGGGCAUAGAAGACGAUGAAGACGACGAAGAAAACGAUGAGAGGGAUAGCGACGACGACGAAUAAGAUGACCAAGGUGCCUAGUUGAGCC